CAAACCAAACCCCCAACCAAACCACACUUAAUUCCAACCCCCAUUCUGCAUUCCCCUACAACUACUCACAUCUCUCCCAGAUUUCCGCCAUUCCAAACUCUGCUCUAUCUGUUUUGAUCUCUUCUUCUUGUCAAUUCUUUCAGCUGUUUAAAGCAGCUUAAAAGGCAAAAUCUUUAUGCGUCUUAUUGCAUAAAAGGACUGGACUCUUCUUCCACUUCUUUACGUGUGUAUGCUGAGGUGGCAACAUGUCAGAAGCUCAAAGAUUAACAGUAAACGGAAGUUUCAAUAACGGAAAUGGCUACAAAAACUUGGCGAUUUCACUAAGAUCACCUGCAACAAGAUCCGCCAUUGAUGAAUUCUGUAAUGCACUCAAUGGAAAGAACCCAAUUCACAGUAUUUUAAUUGCAAACAAUGGAAUGGCAGCUGUGAAGUUCAUAAGAAGUGUAAGAACAUGGAGUUAUGAAACAUUUGGUUCAGAAAAAGCAAUUCUAUUAGUCGCCAUGGCUACACCAGAAGACAUGAGAAUAAAUGCAGAACACAUUAGAAUUGCAGAUCAAUUUGUUGAAGUCCCUGGUGGCACAAAUAACAAUAAUUAUGCCAAUGUGCAACUCAUUGUAGAGACAGCUGAAAUAACACAUGUUGAUGCUGUUUGGCCUGGGUGGGGCCAUGCAUCUGAAAUCCCUGAACUUCCGGAUGCUUUAGAGGCAAAGGGAAUCAUAUUUCUGGGCCCACCUGCUUCAUCAAUGGCGGCUUUAGGUGAUAAAAUCGGUUCUUCUUUAAUUGCACAGGCGGCUGAUGUGCCUACACUUCCUUGGAGUGGUUCUCAUGUGAAAAUUCCUGGUGAUAGCUGUUUAGUGACAAUUCCAGAUGAUGUAUAUAGAAAAGCUUGUGUAUAUACAACAGAAGAAGCAAUUGCUAGUUGCCAAGUUGUUGGAUAUCCUGCAAUGAUCAAGGCAUCAUGGGGUGGAGGUGGUAAAGGCAUAAGAAAGGUGCAUAAUGAUGAAGAAGUGAAGGCACUUUUCAAACAAGUUCAGGGUGAAGUCCCUGGUUCUCCUAUAUUUAUAAUGAAAGUUGCUUCUCAGAGUCGACAUCUGGAAGUUCAACUACUUUGUGAUCAACAUGGAAAUGUAGCAGCUUUACAUAGUCGUGAUUGCAGUGUUCAAAGGCGACAUCAAAAGAUUAUUGAAGAGGGACCAAUAACUAUAGCUCCAAAUGAGACAAUAAAGAAGCUGGAGCAAGCUGCAAGAAGAUUAGCUAAAUCAGUGAAUUAUGUUGGAGCUGCAACUGUAGAGUAUUUGUAUAGUAUGGAAACUGGAGACUAUUACUUUUUGGAACUCAAUCCACGUUUACAGGUUGAGCAUCCUGUUACUGAGUGGAUAGCAGAAAUUAAUCUACCUGCAGCACAAGUUGCAGUUGGAAUGGGAAUUCCUCUUUGGCAAAUUCCAGAAAUAAGGCGAUUUUAUGGGAAGGAUAAUAGUGGAGGGUAUGAUGCAUGGAGGCAAACAUAUGUUCAUGCAACUCCCUUUGACUUUGACAAAGCAGAGUCAACUAAACCAAAGGGUCAUUGUGUUGCUGUUCGUGUAACAAGUGAAGAUCCAGAUGAUGGAUUCAAGCCCACUAGUGGGAAAGUUCAGGAGCUAAGUUUUAAAAGCAAGCCAAAUGUUUGGGCAUACUUUUCUGUUAAAUCGGGUGGUGGCAUUCAUGAAUUCUCAGAUUCUCAAUUUGGUCAUGUUUUUGCAUUUGGAGAGUCUAGAACAUUGGCUAUUGCAAAUAUGGUUCUUGGGUUAAAAGAAAUUCAAAUUCGUGGUGAAAUCCGAACUAAUGUUGAUUAUACAAUUGAUCUAUUACAUGCUCCAGAUUAUAGAGAAAACAAAAUACAUACAGGUUGGUUAGAUAGCCGAAUUGCCAUGAGAGUUAGAGCAGAAAGACCUCCUUGGUAUCUUUCAGUAGUUGGAGGAGCUCUUUAUAAAGCUGCUGCUAGAAGUGCAGCCAUGGUGUCAGACUAUGUUGGUUAUCUUGAAAAGGGGCAAAUCCCUCCAAAGCAUAUAUCAUUGGUCAACUCCCAAGUUUCUUUGAAUAUUGAGGGUAGUAGAUACACUAUUGAUAUGGUAAAAAGAGGACCAGGUGGUUAUAGAUUAAGAAUGAAUCAAUCUGAGAUUGAAGCAGAGAUACAUACUCUACGUGAUGGUGGUUUAUUAAUGCAGUUGGAUGGAAAUAGUCAUAUUAUAUAUGCAGAAGAAGAAGCAGCAGGAACUCGUCUUUUGAUAGAUGGAAGAACUUGUUUGCUUCAGAAUGAUCAUGAUCCUUCCAAACUAAUGGCGGAAACACCAUGCAAGCUUUUAAGAUACUUAGUCUCAGAUGGAAGCCACGUGGAUGCUGACUCACCAUAUGCUGAGGUGGAAGUUAUGAAGAUGUGUAUGCCACUUCUCUCUCCAGCUUCUGGUGUUAUUCAAUUCAAGAUGUCUGAAGGUCAAGCCAUGCAGGCUGGUGAGCUUAUAGCAAAUCUUGAUCUUGAUGAUCCAUCAGCUGUAAGAAAAGCAGAGCCUUUUCAUGGAAGCUUUCCUGUUCUUGGACCUCCAACUGCAAUUUCAGAUAAAGUUCAUCAAAAGUGUGCAGCUACUUUAAGUGCUGCUAGAAUGAUUCUUGCAGGAUAUGAUCACAACAUUGAUGAAGUUAUGAAGAAUCUGCUCCAUUGUUUAGAUAGUCCUGAGCUUCCUUUCCUUCAAUGGCAAGAAUGUUUUGCAGUUUUAGCAAAUCGACUUCAUAAAGAUCUUAAAAACAAGUUGGAAUCAAAGUUGAAGGAAUAUGAAGGAAUUUCCACACAACAAACUAUCGAUUUUCCUGCUAAAGUUUUACGGGGGAUUCUAGAGACUCACCUUGGAUCUUGCUCAGAGAAGGAAAUAGGAGGUCAAGAAAGGCUGAUUGAGCCAUUAAUGAGUCUUGUGAAGUCAUAUGAAGGUGGAAGAGAGAGUCAUGCACGUGGGAUUGUUCAUGCUCUUUUUGAAGAGUAUUUAUUAGUUGAAGAGUUAUUCAAUGACAACAUUCAAGCUGAUGUCAUCGAACGACUUCGACUUCAAUACAAGAAAGAUCGUUUGAGGGUUGUUGACAUUGUGCUUUCCCAUCAGGGUGUUAAGAGUAAAAACAAGCUGAUACUAAGACUAAUGGAGAAUUUAGUGUACCCUAAUCCAGCUGCAUAUAGGGAUAAACUGAUACGGUUUUCUACACUCAACCACACAAAUUAUUCCGAGUUAGCAUUGAAGGCAAGUCAACUUUUGGAACAGACUAAAUUAAGUGAACUUCGUUCAAGCAUUGCUAGAAGUCUUUCUGAAUUAGAGAUGUUUACAGAAGAAGGUGAAAAUAUGGAUACCCCUAAGAGGAAAAGUGCCAUAAAUGAAAGAAUGGAGGAUAUUGUCAGUGCUCCACUUGCAGUUGAAGAUGCCCUUGUUGGUCUUUUUGACCAUAGUGAUCACACCCUUCAAAGACGCGUUGUUGAGACCUAUGUUCGAAGAUUAUAUCAGCCGUAUCUUGCCAAGGGGAGUGUUAGAAUGCAGUGGCACAAAUCCGGUCUUAUUGCUUCGUGGCAAUUCAUGGAAGGGCAUAUCGAGGAGGUCAAUGUGUCUGACUAUGAAAUGACCGAAAAGCCCUUGGUGGAGAAGAAAUGGGGAGCUAUGGUUAUCAUCAAAUCCCUUCUUGUUUUACCCGAUGUGAUAAAAGCAGCUCUUAAAGAAACAACAAACAAAUCUCAAGGAACAAGUCAAAACGGUUUCACUGAUCCUAAUAACCAUGGGAACAUGAUGCACAUUGCAUUGGCUGGAAUUAGCAACCAGAUGAGUUCACUUCAAGACAGUGGUGAUGAGGAUCAGGCUCAAGAGCGAGUCAACAAGUUAGCAAAAAUUCUCAAAGAUAAAGAAGUUAGCUCGAGUCUAAAAAACGCAGGGUAUGGAGUUAUCAGUUGUAUUAUUCAAAGGGAUGAAGGAAGAGGCCCAAUGAGACACUCUUUUCAUUGGUCAGAAGAGAAUCUUUAUUAUAUUGAAGAGCCAUUAUUGCGACACUUGGAGCCUCCUUUAUCAAUUUAUCUUGAAUUGGACAAACUUAAGGGGUAUGAGAAGAUAAAGUACACACCAUCGCGUGAUCGACAAUGGCACAUGUAUACAGUUGAAGCAAAACCACUUCCAAUUCAAAGAAUGUUUCUUAGGACACUUGUAAGACAACCAACAAAGGAAUGGUUUUCAGGAUACCAAGGUUCUGACAUUGCGGGCCCACAAUCUCAGUGGACUUUGUCUUACACUUCAAGAAGCAUCUUGAGAUCUUUAGUCACAGCCAUGGAAGAGUUGGAACUUCAUGUUCAUAAUGCUACAGUCAAAUCUGACCAUGCUCACAUGUAUCUCUAUAUACUAAAAGAACAACAAAUUGACGAUCUUGUCCCUUACAGCAGGAGAGUUGAUGUGGACCCCGGGACAGAAGAAGGGGCAGUUGAGUCACUUUUGGUGAAAUUAGCACGUGAAAUACACACACUUGUAGGUGUAAAGAUGCAUCGAUUAGGUGUUUUUGAAUGGGAGGUCAAACUUUGCAUGGCGUCUUCUGGUCAAGCUAAUGGUGCAUGGAGGGUUGUGGUCACGAAUGUCACUGGUCAUACGUGUAUUGUACAUGUUUAUCGGGAAUUUGAGGAUGAUAAACACAAGGUGGUGUAUCAUGCAACCUCUACAUCUGGCCCUUUACAUGGUGUCCCUCUCAACACACCUUUUCAGCCUUUGAAAUUACUCGAUCAGAAACGUCUUUUAGCCAGGAAAAGCAACACUACAUACUGCUACGACUUUGCACUGGCAUUUGAAGCAGCUCUUGAAGAAAUUUGGUCAUUGAGACUUUCUACUGACACCAGGCCCAAGGGCAAACUCGUAAAUGUGACAGAGCUCGCGUUUUCUGACCCGAAAGGCUCGUGGGGCACACCUCUUGUUUCCAUAGAACGUGAGCCAGGCCAAAACAAUGUAGGCAUGGUGGCAUGGAUCAUGGAGCUUUGUACACCCGAAUUCCCUAAAGGAAGGUCAAUUUUGGUAGUUGCAAAUGAUGUCACAUUCAAAAACGGAUCUUUUGGGCCUAUAGAGGACGCGUUUUUCGAAGCUGUAACCGAUCUCGCGUGCGCCAAAAAACUACCCCUCAUCUAUCUAGCAGCCAACUCCGGGGCUCGCAUCGGAGCAGCUGAAGAGGUCAGAUCUUGUUUCAAAAUCGGUUGGUCAGACGAGUCAAACCCUGAUUCAGGGUUCCAAUAUCUUUACCUAACACCCGAAGAUUACACCCGUAUCAAAUCAUCUGUAAUUGCUCAUGAACUUAAUCUCACCAAUGGUGAAACUCGAUGGGUGAUCGAUACAAUUGUAGGAAAAGAAGACGGAUUAGGGGUAGAGAAUUUGAGCGGAAGUGGAGCGAUUGCAGGCGCGUAUUCAAGGGCAUAUAAGGAAACUUUUACAUUAACAUAUGUAACGGGUCGAACCGUGGGUAUUGGAGCGUAUUUGGCCCGCCUCGGGAUGCGGUGCAUACAACGCCUGGAUCAACCAAUUAUUUUAACGGGAUUUUCUGCUUUAAACAAACUUUUGGGGCGUGAAGUUUACAGCUCACAAAUGCAAUUAGGAGGUCCAAAAAUCAUGGCAACAAAUGGAGUUGUUCACUUAACCGUUUCAGACGAUUUAAAAGGAGUGUCAGCAAUCUUAAAUUGGUUAAGCUUUGUUCCCGCUUACGUCGGGGGCCCGCUUCCCGUUUUAGCCCCGACCGACCCGCCCGAACGGCCCGUGGAGUAUCUGCCCGAAAACUCGUGCGACCCUCGGGCAGCUAUCUGCGGGACGGUGGACGGGAACGGGAACUGGGCCGGGGGUAUUUUUGACAAAAAUAGUUUUGUGGAGACUUUGGAAGGGUGGGCCCAGACGGUUGUAACCGGGCGGGCGAAACUCGGUGGGAUCCCGGUCGGGAUUGUGGCGGUUGAGACACAGACGGUUAUGCAAAUUAUACCCGCGGAUCCCGGGCAGCUUGAUUCGCAUGAACGGGUAGUCCCGCAAGCCGGGCAGGUGUGGUUCCCGGAUUCCGCGAGUAAAACCGCGCAAGCGUUGAUGGAUUUUAACCGCGAAGAGCUUCCGCUUUUUAUCAUGGCGAAUUGGCGGGGAUUUUCCGCGGGUCAACGGGAUCUUUUUGAAGGGAUUUUGCAAGCGGGGUCCACGAUUGUUGAGAAUUUAAGAACUUAUAAACAACCGGUUUUUGUUUACAUACCGAAAACCGGUGAGCUUCGUGGUGGUGCUUGGGUGGUUGUUGACAGUCGGAUCAAUUCGGACUAUAUAGAAAUGUAUGCGGAAACAACCGCAAAAGGGAAUGUUCUAGAACCCGAAGGUAUGAUUGAAAUCAAAUUUAGAAACCGUGAGUUGUUGGAAUGUAUGGGCCGGGUCGACCCGCGGAUCCGAGAGCUUAAAUUAAAGUUACAAGAAUCGAAAUAUGAUAAUUCGAUUGUUGAGCAGAUAAAAGCGCGUGAAAAACAACUUUUGCCGAUUUACACGCAAAUCGCGACAAAAUUCGCGGAGCUUCAUGAUACUUCGUUUCGUAUGGCUGCGAAAGGUGUUGUGAAGAAUGUUGUUGAUUGGAAUGUUUCGAGGUUUUUCUUCUAUAAAAGACUCCGGCGGCGGCUCGCGGAGGUUGCUCUGAUCACCACCGCGAGGGAGGCGGCCGGAGACACGCUUUCGUAUAAAUCCGGUCAUGAGAUGAUUAAGAAGUGGUUUUUGGAGAUGAAAUCGGAUGAGUUUUGGGGUGAUGAUGAUGUUUUUUUCACAUGGAAAGAUAAUCCCGAGAAUUAUGAUGAGAAAUUAGCCGAGUUAAGAAGAGAAAAGGUCUCGAAUCAGUUGUUGAAAAUUAGUAGUUCACAGUUGGAUCUUGAAGCUUUGCCACUAGGAAUUGCUAAACUUUUGAAAGAGGUGGAUCCGGCGACUAAAAGUAAGUUAAUUGAAGAACUCCGGCGAGUAAUCGAGUAGGACAUGUAGGCAAACUCAUCGGAAUAUUCCACCCGUUGACCGGUGGUUUGACUUUUCCGGCGAACUGAAAAGCCUUUCGAACGGUGUAUAUAAUGCAUGUAUAAGGUAAUAGGGUAAUUAAAAGUAGUUUGAAUUGUAUGAGGUUUAUUUUUCUGCAUAAUUUGUAUAAUACUAUCACAUACAUGUAUUGUUAAUUGUCUACUCUUAUUAUUUAUACAAAUAAAUGGAUGAAGAAUUCAUAAGUUGAAGCA